AUUGUAACAAUAUUUUAAUAUUUAUUGUAAAAUAAUUGGGAAGAUUUUGAGAAAUCUGAGACAAUUAAAUUCUUUACCUGACCCAAUGAUCUCAGGAAGAAGAUAAACAGACAUAAAGGAUUAACCUUUUAGUGAGAACAGAGAGAGAGAGAUUGAAGAAGAGAAGAAGCUUGGAGAGAGAAUAAACACGUAGGAGGGUUCUACUCCGUGGACGCACAAGAGUACACGACAAUACUCUCUCUGCGUUGCUUCUUCCUAUUCUUCUCUUUGUUCCCCCCUAAGUUUCAAUCUUUCAAUUUCGUUUUUUUUUCUUGAGUUGAUUUGAUCUAUUGCUCGAUGUCGAACGAAGAAUCUCUUCCGUUAUUCACUUUGUUCGGUUUGAAUGAUGUCGAAAACUAUGGUUUGGUCAGUGAAGCUGACAAUUCAUUGCCUUUGGACAUACACAAUCAGGUUUUUCAACUUGUUGAGAAGGGCAACCAAGCAUUCAAUGAUUCUCGCUUUGAAGAGGCGAUUAGCAAUUAUUCAAAAGCCUAUUCUAUCAAGCCUCUUGACCCUAUUGUUCUAAGCAAUAGAAGUGCUGCUUAUAUAAGACUAGGACAAUAUCUAAGGCACAGAUCUGCAUCGAUUUCUGAAUAUACACCUCUGAACGGUUUUGAUAUGUCGAUGCUUGGAGAGCUUGCUCUCAAGGAUGCUGAUAAGCUAAUGAGUCUUCAGAGCAAUUCAGUGAAGUCAUAUACCACAAAGGCUUGUGCCCUCAUGUUGCUAGAAAGAUAUGAGAUGGCACGUGACACUAUCCUCUCAGGUCUACAGAUUGAUCCCUUCAGCGAUCCUCUCCGAUCCAAUCUUCAGGAAUUGGAGAAGGUCAUGCCUACUUCGAUGAGAAAAACACAUGGAAAGGCUGAGCGGUCUGAUGACUUUGAUUGCACCGUUUGUCUAAAAUUGCUGUAUGAACCUGUUACAACUCCAUGUGGGCAUACAUUCUGCCGAUCAUGCCUCUUUCAGUCUAUGGAUCGUGGCAACAAAUGUCCACUUUGUCGAACUGUUAUAUUUAUGACUCCAAGGACAUGCGCUGUCAGUGUGACAUUGAAUAACAUCAUACAAAGGAAUUUUCCAGAGGAGUAUGCUGAAAGGAAAUCAGAGCAACACACUCUGGUCCACUUAGGGAAUGAAAGUAUGCCUCUUUUUGUCAUGGAUGUGAUCAUCCCUUGUCAGAAGUUGUCUCUUCACAUAUUUGAACCAAGAUAUAGACUGAUGGUGAGAAGAAUAAUGGAGGGAAAUCAUCGGAUGGGAAUGGUAGCUCUUGAUUCUGCGACAGGUUCACCAGUGGAUGUUGCUUGCGAAGUCGAAAUCACAGAGUGUGAUCCAUUACCUGAUGGGCGUUUUGUCCUGGAGCUGGAAAGCCACAGAAGGUGUCGCAUUGUAAAAGCUUGGGAUCAAGAUGGAUAUCGUGUUGCAGAGGUUGAAUGGGUGACAGAUAUACCACCACAAAGCGACCAAGAGAAAGCAGAUCUGCGGGAAUUGACGACAAGUGCAGCAUCAUUUGCUCGGUCAUGGCUAGAGAGAGCAAAGGAAGCAGCUAGACAAGGAGACAGAAGAAGGCUUGAAUCACUUCUAAUUGUUGAAUCCAUGAUGCCUACACCUCAAGAUCCAGAGCGCUUCAGUUUCUGGCUUGCGACAUUAACAGAUAGGAGACCUUCAGAAAGAUUGGAACUACUUCGGCUUCAAGAUACUGGGGAGAGAAUAAGGCGCGGAUUGAUAUAUCUUCGAUCAGUAGAACGAGGAUGCAGUAUGCAAUGAACCGGCACCAUAUUAUACCUACCUGAAUUAUAAGCAAGAGAUAAAACUUCAUAAGAAGUUGACAAAAAAAAAAAAGAUGAUUUAUUAAAGGAAUACAUAAGAUAAGAGGUCCUUGUAGGACUAUUAUCAUCCUUGGUCGAGCCAUUAUUGUGUGUUGUAACCAAACUACCAUAUUGUUCAUGAUACCAACUGCAGAAAGAAAUGAACCUCUGUGGAUACACUUUUGUUAAUUUGGUAUGCAAACUUGUUUUAUCUCGUCGAACAAAC